AUGGCAUCUCCGGCGGUGGUUUUGACUGCGGAAGGUUCUCUUGUGAGGCCCAACGCUGUUAAGAGUGUCCACUUCUGCCCUGCUACAGAGAAAUUCACACUUCGUGAAUACAGAGAUAUUACAUCCAACAUGGGCUUGCCAAUGGGUUCGGUAUAUCCAAUACGGGAUGAGAAUGGCAACUUGUUAGUGACUGAAUAUGGGCUAUGCACUUAUAAGGACCACCAGACAUUAUCAAUGCAAGCAGUGCCAGAAAAUGCUGCUCCUGGUCAACUUCCAAGAACAGUGGAUGUCAUCGUAGAAGAUGACCUGGUGGAUUCGUGCAAACCUGGAGACCGUUUGGCAAUUGUUGGGAUAUACAAAGCCCUUCCUGGAAAAAGCAAGGGCAGUGUGAAUGGAGUAUUCAGGUUGCUAUGUGUAUGCCUAAUAGUUUACUCAUUAUUUCUCCUUCGUUCUAUCAAAUAUUCUUUAAAGCUUGUUUACCAAUUUUGUACGACUAUCCUCAUAGCCAACAAUGUCUCUCUUCUCAACAAAAUGACACACAAUCUACAGUAUUCAAAUGAAGACAUGAAAAACAUCAUAAAGAUAUCUGAAAGAGAUGACGCAUUUGAUGUGCUUGCUAAUUCUCUUGCACCUUCUAUAUAUGGGCAUCUAUGGAUUAAGAAAGAAGUGAUUCUAUUGAUGCUUGGAGGAACAGAAAAGAACCUGAAAAAUGGAACUCACUUGCGAGGAUGCAAGCAUUACAGAAGAAGAUGCAAGAUUCGAUCUCCUUGCUGUAAUGAGGUUUAUGAUUGUCGCCACUGUCACAAUGAAGCCACGAGUUUGUUUCGAAACAUUUUUGAUUGGCAUGAAAUGGUGUGGUAUGAUGUAAAGCAAGAUAUCUGUUCAGUUUGUGACGCAGAGCAGCCUAUUGACAAAGGACAGUUUCAUUGUGAUGAUUGUGGAAUCUGCAGAGUUGGCAGCCACGUGAACUUCUUCCACUACAAGAAAUGUGGUAUGCAAUUGCUCUUUGGCGUUACUUCAUUGUUACUUUGUCUUUAA